AUGUCAUCAUCAUUCGCUUGGCUAAAGCAACUACUUGGCAUCGAUAGCCAAGACAUGAAUGAUGCCGGCACGAGAAUGGUGUACGCGAAUGACCCUGUGAGGAAUGAUCGUUAUCCAAAGAACGCGAUAAGCAAUACAAAGUACACUGUUAUCAGCUUCAUACCAAAGAACUUGCUGGAGCAGUUUGGUCGCGCGAUGAACAUCUACUUCUUGAUGAUUGGUGUGCUACAGCUGUUCCCCUCGAUCACGCCCGUCGACCCCAUCUCAACAUGGGGCGCACUUAUAUUUAUCUUUGCAGUGUCGGCCGUCAAGGAAGCCUACGAUGAUCUUAACCGUCGACGUCGUGACUACACGGCCAACAAGCGAUUGUAUCAAGUGGUGCGCGAUGGUGUCAAGCGACAGGUGUGCAGCGAGGAUAUAUCAGUGGGCGACAUCAUAUGGCUGCCUUGUGACGCGGAGAUCCCCGUCGACAUGGUUCUCCUGGCCACAUCCGAUCCCGACGGCAGCUGCUACGUGCAGACUGCCAACCUAGACGGCGAGACAGACCUCAAGGCAAGGUCUGCGCCGUCCGACACUGCAGGCUUUAGCCUGGCGGACCUUGGCCGCUUCAAGGGCACAAUCGAAUGUCCUCGACCCAAUGCUGAGAUCUAUCGAUUCGACGCACGACUCUCAAUGAAUGGCACUGGCACCGACUGGAUCAUAUUGGACAAUGCCAACUUUGUGUUGCAGGCUACACACCUGCGCAACACAGACUACAUAUAUGGCAUUGCCGUGUACACUGGCAACGAGACCAAAGUUGGCAAGAACAAGAAGGUGCCAGCAUCAAAGUGGACCAAGUUGGAUCGAUCCAUCAACAACAUCACAAUCUUUAUCUUUUGUCUCCAACUCACAUUAGUCUUUAUCUUUGGAGCCAUUGGCGAUUCAAUCAGACGCAGUCAAGACAGUGACACAUGGUACCUCGGAUACUCAAGUGAUUACAAAGCACCAUGGUACGAGUUCGUCAUCAUUCCCCUUCGAUUCCUUUUGCUGAACUCAAUGAUGAUACCAAUAUCACUCAAGGUCACAAUCGACGUUGUCAAGUACUUCUAUGCAUUGUUUAUCGAUUGGGACUUGAGGAUGUAUCACAGGCCAACAGAGUCAUAUGCUGUGGCAAACAGUACGGCACUGAGCGAGGAUCUUGGACAGAUUGAACAUGUCUUCACAGACAAGACAGGCACACUAACAGAGAACAGGAUGUUGUUUGCAAAGUGCUCGAUUGGCAAUCAUAUCUUUGGACAGGGUGCCGGCACGGCACUUGACGACCCAGAGCUCACCCAACUUGUCCAACAUCAACAAUCCGAUGUCAUUGACUUCUUCAUGGCACUAUCACUCUGUCACUCUGUCAUACCAACCAUUGACGCUGAUGGAAACAUACAUUAUAAGGCUGCAUCACCAGAUGAGGAAGCAUUGAUCAUUGCUGCAUCGAAGCUUAACAUUAAGUUCAUUUCAAAGACGAUGUCAACAUUGGCUGUUCAGGUCAUCGAUCGAUUGUGUGACUUCCAACUGCUACACACUUUUGAGUUCAACUCUGAUCGCAAGAGAAUGAGUGUGGUCGUCAGAGAUCUCUCCUCCAAGCUGAUCAGGAUCAUCACAAAGGGUGCAGAUGAUGUUAUAUUUGCCAGAUUGGUCAAUGACAAUCAAUCAUCAUACGAAGCACCGCUGGCACACAUUGAAGAGUUUGCAUCACUUGGACUGAGGACAUUGUGCGUUGCGGAGAAGGACUUGACAGAGGGCGAGUAUCAACAGUGGUUCAAACAGUACUACCAACCUGCAAGCAUAUCAAUGGAGAACAGACAGCAACAACAGUUUGAAGCAUACAAUGUGUUGGAAAAUGGCCUGCGAUUGUUGGGCAUCACCGCAAUUGAGGACAAGCUACAGGAGGAGGUGCCAGAGACAAUCAGCUCGCUGAGGCAGGCCAACAUCAAGGUGUGGAUGCUCACAGGCGACAAGUACAGCACUGCCAUUCAAAUAGCGCACUCUUGUAACCUGAUUGAUAGAGGAUGCAAGAUAUACACAGUGGGCAAGCCGCUGCAGUUGGAUGACCCACACGAGAGUCACAAUCCAUCGACUGGUGCCAAUGCCCGCGUGACGCCAGAUGAGGUUAUGGCAUCCAUUCGAAGUAUCCACGAUGAUCUCGUGUCCAAUCAACAGCAGCCAUAUCAACAGCAUGACCAUCAUCAGCGACAACAGGAGGAUGAGCAUCCCCAAGGCCAACUCAAACAGAGAAGGCGCAAAGAUGCAACGAUUGUCAUUGAAGGACAUGUCGUGGAUAUAGCCCUGAGGCAUGCUUCACAGGAGUUGUUGGACCUAUCAUGCAUGGUGCCCUCGGUCAUUUGCUGUCGAGUCACUCCACAUCAGAAGGCAGAGGUGGUAAGAUUGGUAAAGAACACUGGCAAGAUAUGUUUGGCUGUUGGCGAUGGAGGCAAUGACGUAUCCAUGAUACAGGAGGCCAAUAUUGGUGUUGGCAUCAGUGGUCGUGAAGGACUACAAGCAUCACGUGCUGCAGACUAUAGUGUAGCGAGGUUCAAGUACUUGCGAGACUUGAUAUUUGUACAUGGAAGAUACUCAUACUUGAGAACAAGCUUCGUGGCCAACUACAGCUUCUACAAGUCAUUGUUCAUUUGCUUCAUUCAGAUACUGUAUCAGCUGUUCAGCGGGUUUGGCGGCUCGUCAUUCUUCAACACUUUCUCGCUUACGUCAUACAACAUCAUCUUUACAGGCCUACCAAUCAUGGGCUAUAUCCUGGACAAGGAUCUGCCCGAGUCAAUACUCAAACGCAACCCAUACCUGUAUAGUGUCUGUCAAGAAGGUCGUGCAUUCAGUGUGAUGACCUUUAUCGAGUGGGCAUUACGUGCAGCCUUCCAAUCGAUCCUAAUCUUCUGCAUGACAGCUGGACCAUUCGCAUUCCUUCAUGGAUCCACCAUCGACUAUGACUCAUUCUCAAUGAUCUCAUUCACAGCCGUCAUCUUCCUCCAGUCACUCACUCUAUUCCUAGCCUCACAUACCAUCACAAAGAUUAACCAUCUACUGAUAUGGGGUACGAUACCAGUCUAUAUCCUUUGCGCAUUUGCACUCAACUCCAUUCCAACAAUGACCACCUAUGCCGUGCUCACCAACUUGGUCAAGUCUGCAGACUUCUGGGGAUCAUUCUUUUUGAUAUUGGUAACAUGCAUCAUGCCAGUGGUCACAAUCAGUUAUAUGAUGCAAUUGUACAUGCCAACUAUUGUGGAAAUGAUCAAUAUUAUUAGGAAGGAGAAUAACCCUGAUUUGAAGAGACCAGUGAUGUCCAGUGUCAAUGGAUCACAACAUCCAUCACGUUUAUACAAGUUCCUGCUGAAGAAGAAUAUGAGGAAUGGACGGUUGGCUAGGAGUCUAAUUGGCGAAGGUCCAGACAACGCUGACCAAGAGUACAUAGAAUUGGUAGUCGUCGAGGAUGAUGACGAGUCACAUCAUCACAACCAUCAUAUCGUAGCCUCAUCCAGUAGCAACUCAAUAGUGGACCUGAAUGGUAUUGAUGAAGAAGAGAUUGCUGAGGGUCCAUCAUCCUCAUCAUCAUCAUCAACAUCCAUUGUCCAGUCCAACUCGGCUUCAGCCUCUUCAUCCUCAACAAGCAGGUCCAAAGGAGGAGUUGAUGAGACGUCUCCGCUUUUGAAAUAA